GCAUCUACUUCCGGUGUCAGGGGUCAAAGUUCACCUCCUCGCCGGCUAUUGGCUCACCGGGGAUGUUGUGAAACGUCAUUGGACGGACGGACACACGCCUUUUCACCACUCUGGAAAAAGCACAACAGACAGGCAAGGUUGAUCCAUGUGCGCCUGAGAGAGUCGACCUUGAAGCAUGCUGACCGCACAGAGGUCAUGCGCAGCAGCGAUGGCCGCCCGGCGCCUGGCGAGAGCCUCCGUCUCCUCGGCUCUGAUCCACACGUCCACGCCGCGCCGGGACCCGAGCGAGCUGCACCCGGAGUGGGCGAGUCUGGCUAAGAAGCAGCUGAAGGGGAAGAACCCGGAGAAUCUGAUCUGGCGCACGCCCGAGGGGCUCAACAUAAAGCCCGUGUACACACAAGCGGACUCGGAGGGCCGGCCGGAUGAAUUACCAGGAGUGUUUCCCUACACUAGGGGGCCCUAUCCCACCAUGUACGCCAACAGACCGUGGACCAUCAGGCAGUAUGCCGGCUUCAGCACGGUGGAGGAGAGCAACAAGUUCUACAAAGAUAACAUCAAAGCCGGUCAGCAGGGUCUCUCCGUGGCGUUCGACCUGCCGACGCACCGCGGCUACGACUCGGACAACCCCCGGGUCCACGGCGACGUCGGCAUGGCCGGGGUCGCCAUCGACACCGUGGAGGACAUGAAGAUGCUGUUCGACGACAUCCCGCUGGAGAAGAUGUCCGUUUCCAUGACGAUGAACGGAGCGGUCAUCCCCGUGCUGGCCAUGUUCAUCGUGACCGGCGAGGAGCAGGGCGUGCCCGCAGCCAAACUCACCGGCACCAUUCAAAACGACAUCCUGAAGGAGUUCAUGGUGCGCAACACCUACAUCUUCCCCCCGGAGCCCUCCAUGCACGCCAUCGCGGACAUCUUCGCCUACACCUGCAAGCACAUGCCCAAGUUCAACUCCAUAUCCAUCAGUGGCUACCACCUGCAGGAGGCCGGGGCCGACGCCAUCCUGGAGGUCGCCUACACCAUCGCCAACGGCCUGGAGUACUGCCGCACCGGGCUGAAGGCGGGCCUGACCAUCGACGAGUUCGCCCCGAGGUUGUCGUUCUUCUGGGGCAUCGGGAUGAACUUCUACAUGGAGAUCGCCAAGCUGCGCGCCGGCCGCCGGCUGUGGGCGACGCUCAUCCGGGACAACUUCCAGCCGCAGGACGCCAAGUCGCUGCUGUUGCGCACGCACUGCCAGACCUCCGGCUGGUCCCUCACCGAGCAGGACCCGUACAACAACGUGGUGCGCACCGUGAUCGAGGCCAUGGCCGCCGUGUUCGGGGGCACCCAGUCGCUGCACACCAACUCCUUCGACGAGGCCCUGGGUCUGCCCACGGUGAAGAGCGCCCGCAUCGCCCGCAACACCCAGAUCAUCAUCCAGGAGGAGUCGGGCAUCCCCAAGGUGGCCGACCCCUGGGGGGGCUCGCACAUGAUGGAGGCGCUCACGGACGACGUCUACGCCACGGCGCUGAAGUUCAUCAACGAGAUAGAGGAGGUGGGGGGCAUGGCCAGAGCCGUGGCGGAGGGCAUCCCCAAACUUCGCAUUGAGGAGUGUGCCGCUCGCAGGCAGGCGCGCAUCGACUCAGGGUCAGAGGUCAUUGUCGGGGUGAACAAGUACCGUCUCGAGAAGGAGGAGACGGUGGAGGUGCUGGCGAUCGAUAACACCGCUGUGCGCCAGAAACAGAUAGAAAAGCUGAAAAAGGUGAGAGAGAGUCGUGACCCGGAUGCCGUGAAGAAGUGCCUGGCGGCCAUCGAGGAGUGCGCCCGGACCGGGGAGGGCAACCUCCUGGCCCUGGCUGUGGAUGCAGCACGAGCGAGAUGUUCGGUCGGUGAAAUCACCGACGCCAUGAAGAUCGUGUUCGGCGAGCACAAGGCCAGCACCAGGAUGGUGAGCGGCGCGUACCGCAGCGAAUUCGGGGAGCACGAGGAGAUCCUCGGGACCCUCAACAGAGUUGCAGAGUUCAAGAAGCUCGAGGGCAGGAACCCUCGCCUCCUGGUGGCCAAGAUGGGGCAGGACGGCCACGACCGGGGCGCCAAGGUCAUCGCCACGGGGUUCGCUGACCUGGGCUUCGACGUGGACAUCGGGCCGCUGUUUCAGAUGCCGCUCGAGGUCGCGCAGCAGGCGGUGGACGCCGACGUGCACUGCGUCGGCGUCAGCACGCUCGCCGCGGGCCACAAGACGCUCGUGCCCGAGCUGCUCGAGGAACUGCGGAAGCUCAACCGGCCGGACAUCCUGGUCAUCUGCGGAGGCGUCAUCCCGCCGCAGGACUACGAGUUCUUGUUCCAGAGCGGCGUGUGCGCCAUCUUCGGCCCCGGGACCAGGAUCCCGCAGGCCGCCGUGGAGGUGAUCGACCGCAUCGAGAAGAGCCUGGAAACCCUCCGGCGGGCCAUGUGACCUCCUCCAGGACGGCUCCGUCCAACCGGCGGAGAAACCUCCGACCUCGGGCUUUUUGUACAGGUGUCGAAAAAAACACAGAAAAAUAGCUAAGAAAACUACCCGUAACUCUGCAUUUCAAGACAUUUGAUAUGCGAGUUACUCAUGAUGACCUCACAGUUUGCCCAUUUUGGGUCCUUUCACUUCUCAAAGAAAGAACGGGGACGUCUCACACGAGGAGUUGAAGCCGUCACUUAAACAUGUGAGGAACCCUCUGCAGUGAUUUCCCUCUUGUUGCAGCCUGUGAGGUUUAUUUAUAAGUUCAUUCAAUACUUCAAAUAUCCUACAAAUGCAACGUCGCGGUCUCAUAAGAUUGUAAAAAACACAAGAAAAUGUCAUUUUUCACCGUUAAUACACAAGUUCUAAAGAUUAAAACCCAGUUGGUGUUCUGACGUUGCAUUUCAAGACAUUUGAUUUGAGUUGCUCAUGAUGACCUCACAGUUUGCCCAUUUUGGGUCCUUUCACUUUCACAAAGAAAGAACGGGGACGUCUCAAACUGCGCGUUUUUAGUUUUGCUCAUAUCACUUAAAAAUGUAAGAACUCCUCUGCAGUGAAUUCCCUUUUUCUUGCAUUCUGAGGUAUAUUUACCGGUUUAUUUAAUACUUUAAUCCUACAAAUGCAAGAAUAUGAGUGUAAUACUUCAAAUAUGUCUGACACUGCAGACUGAGGGUGUUAUCAGCGCCGGGGUGUUGGAGUAGCCCCCCCCCCCCCCCCCCCCCGGGUGCGUAUGGACAUGACUCCUUUGGUUCCCUGGCAUCAUGUUUAAUUCAUGAAGCUUCAGCUCGGAGGUCAAUCAGUGAUCUCAAUCUUUUUGAUGACGGUAUAUUUUUGUACGCGUGAUUCUUGAAGCGCAACGAUGCGACCGUGUGUAACGAUAAUGUGCGUUAUCACCUCAGUUAUUACAAUAAAGUUAGUAGUUUGAACUGAAUGGCAAUAAACAUCAAACGUUGUCAAAUA